AUGGAUAUUGGCGGCAUUAGUCCAGUAGCCACUGUUCUUUUGUCAUGCUUGGUAAGCUUUUUGGGGUAUCGAUGUCUGAUCUGCGUUUUCACAGCAUGGAGGGAAGUCAAGAGAAUCCUUCAUAUUCGACGCACCCUUCCAGGCCCCAAACCUCACUGGUUGUUCGGCAAUGUCCUUCAACAACCUGGACCACUAACCCCUGGGUUAGAGUGGCAUCGUAACAUGGCCAAGACCUAUCCAAGACUUCAUGUCUUCUGGGCUGGUUGGAAACCGGUUGUAGGGCUGAAUCAUCCAGACUCGAUUCGGAAAAUUCUCACCGACAGUGUCGGAACAGUGAAAAGUUCACUUUAUGGUUUGUUUGAAGAAUGGCUCGGUCGAAGCAUGCCUCUAACAGAUGGUUACCUGUGGAAAAGACACAGGAAACUCAUUACAGGCACUUUCCACUUCAACGCUCUCAAAAAUAACAUUCCCAAGAUAAACCAGGUAGCAGAGACCUUGGUUUCCGUGAUCGCGCAGAGAUGUGAAGAAGGAAAGCCCCUAGAAGUCUACAAAUCAAUGAGUUCAUUUUCCAGUGACGUCAUUCUUCAAUGUGCAUUUUCCUACAAGUCUGAUUGUCAAAAGGUCGAAUCACAAUUCGUACAGUCAUCCCACAGCUUGACGGAUAUCAUUGCGAAACGGUACAGGUGUAAAACGGAAACGCGCAGCCCGGUCUUACCGUUUGAAUUCAUCUUCCGGAGAUCUUCCCUCUACAAACCAUGGAGAAAGGGGAUUAAUGUCCUUCAUGAAUAUAUCGAAAAAAUAAUUUCGGAACGAAGAGAGGAACACAAAACGAGGGGAUCUAACUUAGAAUACUUUAAAGGAAUGGAUCUCCUUGACACAGUAAUGUUAUCCAAAGACUCUGAAGGAGGACUAACGGAUGAAGAGAUCAGAGACGAGGCAAAUACUUUCUUGCUUGCCGGAAUUGAUACGACAUCUAGCGCCCUCACUUGGCUGUUGUAUUUGUUGGCAACCCAUCCAGAAUACCAGACCAAGGUACAGGAAGAGGUUGAUGAACUCUUCAAAGAUCGUACAAAUCGAGAGAUAUACAGUGAUGAUCUUCGCAAUACUCCAUUUCUGUUGAAAUGCAUCAAGGAAAGUCAGCGUAUUUACUCGACAAUCGCACCAGGCCGCCUCCUAACCGAACCAUUGGUUGUCGAUGGUCUAACCGUGCCAGCAGGAACCGAGAUUACAAUCUACACGUACCAACUCCAUCACAAUCCUGAUGUGUGGGGAGAUGAUCUUAUGGAAUUCAAACCAAGCCGCUUUGAUCGCGAGAACGUCGAGAGUCGAGAUGCAUUCGCUUUCAUUCCUUUCUCGGCUGGUGCGCGUAACUGCAUCGGCCAACAUUUCGCGCUUCAGGAGAUGCAAAUAGCAGCGAUUCGAAUGUUCGACAAGUUUGGCUUUACUUUGCUCCAAGAUUCCAUUCCAGUCUUCAGAUUAGUUAGCACACCACAGGAUGAAAUAUUACUUGGCAUUCAUCCAAGGAAUGAAGAGUAAUGUUCUAAAAGUCAAUUUAAAGGACAAGUCCACCCCAAGAAGAACUUGAUUUGAAU